UACACAAGAAGGCCGUACAACCAUAAACAAAAGUGUUGUUGUCCCCUUUCUAACAGCUUCCCUUAACUGAACCCAAUUUUCCUGGGAAAAUAUUCCUUUUCCUUCAUUCUUUCGAUCUGGUGAUUCUUGAUUCAGCUAUAGAACAAUUUUGUUGCCACCUUUUUCCUGAAAAUUCCACUACCUAUGCGAUAAUACAUUUUACAUGGUCUUUAUCCAUUUUGUCUGGUUUUAGAAUAGCUUAAUCGGUAUGUUUUAGAUUAUCUUUGUUGUUGAUGGAGGAAAUCUAUGGUUUUUGCUGAUGUUCUUCCGGGUUGAGUUUGUGGGAAUUCUUGGGGAUUCAGCCAAUUUUCUUCGAUUUAUCAAUAACCUGUAAUAUGUUCACGGACUUCGGUUUUUCGGUCUUGGAAGGGGCGAUACAUUUUCUAUUUGUUCCAUUUUUAUCUGGCAAGUCAUAUCAAUUUGCUUCAUAUUGAUGUAAUUCAAGUUUAUGUUCCGAUAACUUUCUUCUUGUUUUUCAGUUCUUGCUUGAGCAUAAUAUUAAAUCUCAACACCCCAUUUGCAGAUAUUUCGAAUUUUAAUUAGUUUCAGAAUGGAGCAGUUUAGGCAGAUUGGAGAGGUACUCGGAAGUCUGAAGGCAUUGAUGGUGUUUCGCGACAAUAUACAAAUCAAUCCACGACAAUGCUGUCUGUUGCUUGAUGUAUUCAGUUUUGCAUAUGAUUCAAUAGCUGAAGAGAUGAGACAAAACCUGAAAUUUGAAGAGAAGAACGAGAAAUGGAGAAUUCUUGAACAGCCAUUGAGAGAGAUUUAUAGAAUAUUCAAAGAAGGAGAAGGUUACAUCAAGCAGUGCCUGGAAACCAAGGAUUGGUGGGCCAAAGCCAUUACCCUCUAUCAGAACUCGUAUUGCGUUGAGUUUUACAUCCAUAACUUAUUAUCAUGUAUCCCUGUUGUCAUUGAAUCAAUCGAAAUUGCUGGAGAAUUUUCUGGAUUAGAUCAGGAUGAGAUACAGAAGAAGAGACUUGUGUACUCGAACAAAUAUCAGAAGGAAUGGAAAGAUCCCCGACUUUUCCAGUGGAAGUUUGCAAAGCAGUAUCUUAUUUCUCAGGAACUUUGCAAUCGGUAUAAUACAGUUUGGAAAGAAGAUAGGUGGGUGCUCCUAAACAAAAUCCUGGAAAAGAAGAUGUCAGGCUCGACAAAGCAAGAGCGGCAACUUACAGAUAUUCUAUUGAAAAACUUGGAAGGAUCGGAGCCAGUAAAUGGGAAACUCUUACCAUGUUCAAUCUUAGUACGGUCCAAGGACUACAGUGUAAGGAGACGCCUUGGGAGUGGGAGUCAGUACAAGGAGAUACUAUGGCUGGGUGAAAGCCUUGCCCUGAGACACUUUUUUGGAGACAUUGAGCCCCUAUUUCCCGAGAUUUCUUCAUUGUUAUCCCUUUCCCACCCGAAUAUAUUGCAAUUCUUUUGUGGGUUCACUGACGAGGAAAAGAAAGAGUGUUUUCUAGUCAUGGAACUAAUGACUAGGGACCUCUGCAGCUGCAUCAGAGAAACCUGUGGCCCAAGAAAGCGCAUUCCAUUCUCUCUUCCCAUUGCGGUUGAUCUUAUGCUUCAAAUUUCCAGAGGAAUGGAAUAUCUCCACUCAAAGGAAAUCUACCAUGGUAAUUUGAACCCUUCUAACAUUCUUGUUAAACCAAGAAACAUCACCUCAGAAGGGUACCUGCACGCUAAGGUUUCGGGUUUCGGGCUCUCUUCAAUCAAGAACUUCACUCCAAAAAACUCAUCAAACCAGAACGAAACCCUCUCGUUCAUCUGGUAUGCUCCAGAAAUUUUGGAAGAGAAAGAACAGACAGGAAGUGAAAAGAAUUCUAAAUACACAGAAAAAGCUGAUGUCUACAGUUUUGGAAUGGUUUGCUUUCAACUUUUGACUGGGAAAGUUCCAUUUGAGGAUAGCCAUCUUCAAGGGGACAACAUGAGCCGAAACAUCCUAGCUGGAGAGAGGCCUCUAUUUCCAUUUUAUUCACCAAAAUAUGUUACUAACUUGACAAAGAGAUGUUGGCAUACGGACCCAAAUCAACGUCCAAGCUUCUCAUCCAUAUGUAGGAUCCUUCGCUAUGUAAAACGUUUCCUUAUUAUGAACCCUGAUUAUAACAGAGAACCAGAGCCGCCAAUGCCAGUGAUAGACUACGGAGACAUGGAGACGAAGCUUUUAAGGAAAUUCCCUUCUUGGGAUACAGCAGAAUCAUCAAUGGUAGCACAAAUUCCAUUUCAAAUGUUUGUUUACAGAGUUGUUGAAAAAGAGAAAGCAAGAACAACUCAGAAAGAAACUUCAGAAUCAGGGAGCGAUAAAGCCUCAUUUAGUGGGGACGAAAAUUCUGCCAUCCUAGAUGAUCCAUGCCCAUCCCCUUCCUGCCCAUCUCCUACUGAAAGAAGGUUGUCAAUAGCUGAAACUAUGCCCAGAAGACCUUCAAUAUCGAAGAGAUUGUCAGAUGUGAAAACCAUCAAACAAUCAGGAACACCAAAAGGCCGUUCAAGACCUCCCCAACUGCAGUGCACGCGUAGUUUAAGGACAGGUUCAGAAAGCCAGUUGAUGAUGAUCAGUCCAAGACCCAGAAGAACAUCUUCUGGUCAUGCAUCAGAUUCAGAGAUCUCCUAGACAGAACAUACCGGAUCAUUGCUUUGUUGGAAGAUGAGGCUUAGUAUGGCUUUCAAAUAAUAAUAAAAAAAACAUAUCUGCAGAUAAAGCUGAAAAGAAGUCUGUCAGCAUAACAGCAGUGUAACUUGCACUGACUGCCCCCCUCUUCGUAGACAGCUGGGAGGAUGUGACGAGCGACUUAAUAUAAUCCACAACCUCGCCUCCUGUCUCAGGAGAUUUAACUUCAUGUAAUGACUUUCUUGUGAUCCUAGUGGCACAUCUUAUCAGCUGUAAUGAGUGAGCUUCCAAUCUCAUUUAGGAGCAGAAUCAUCAAUAGAAAUCUUACUGACGCUCUAUUCAUUAGUAGUUUACACAA